UUCUCAUUUCUCACCUGGUAUCCAACAGAAGGGGGAGAGAAGCAAAAGAGAGCAUCGUUAAUGUCGAAGCCACUAGGAACAACGGGAGAGUUUUUCAAGCGGCGCGACGAAUGGCGGAAGCACCCGAUGCUCACCAACCAGUGGCGCCACGCCACCCCCGGCCUGGGCAUCGCGCUCGUCGCCUUCGGUAUUUACCUUGUCGGUGAAACCGCUUAUAACAAGAUCUACGCCCCAAAAUCUGAUUCUCACUCCACCUCUUCCGCUUCUCACUGAAAUCAGCCACCUAUUACCGGUCAGACUCAAAAUCUCGCGCUCAAUUUGUUUAUAAGAAGUUUUCGGUUUCUCGCUUUCUAUUUGUCUAUGAUAUUGGCAUGUUAAAUUAGGUUUUCUGAAAUUUGUGGUUCUCUCAACCUGAAAUUUGAAAUUAUCUUUUUCUUUUCCCUUAUCAUUUUCAUAGAUUCUCUUAAAUAUGUCCGGUAUGAGAUGAAAAUAUCAUUAAUUUGAGCGUCGAUGGAUUUCCUUAGUUCAGCUCCAUCUUGUUUCUCGCUCACACACACAGUGUCAGUAUACCUUUGUUUUUGGUAGCCUUAUCUAUUUCUUUUUUUUCAAUUUUCUUUUAUGGGUCAAUGCUUUAAUUGCCUUUAACUAUGAAGGAAUCACGUAAAAAUGGGGACAUUGUACUUGUAGUUCAAAUUGAGGGUCUUGUUGUCUCUAAAACUGGGAUUUCUCAUGUUGCCAAGUUAUCCAAACUUGAGAUGAAAGUUAAGGCUUAGGCUUAGCGCAGGUAUGGCCAAAUUGAAGUGCAAGACAGAUUCAAUAUAUUUGAAAAUUUAUUAGUACCACUUGGUUAUUCAUGAAAAGGACUUCAUCUUUUUCUGCGGCAAGUAUUGUCUUUGUUUGCCCAUCGAGUCUUGGGCUUGGUAGAUAAUGGGCUACCUAUCCAAAAAAAAUU